AUGUCUUCGACCGUCGUUCGGACUGUUCUCCGACUGCCUUUUGAAACAUUCACCCCUCAGGGUUUAUCGAAGCACGUCAAACUCAGCACAACUCCGAAACACACCGACAAAUUCCGCGCUCUGGCAUUCCCGCAAAGCUGGUCUCACGCUCUUCAGGGAGUUUCAAAUAUAUUUCAGUAA